AACCGUCGGAUGUUGGACUGGACAUUGGCGGAACGGUUGAUUUGGAGAAAACGACAAAGAUUAUUGAAGAAGAUCUGGGAGCUGGUAAGGCGAUCUCCUUUUGGAAAGCGCUGAUGAUUCCGGGUGUCAUUGAGUUUUCAAUAGCGCAGUUUUUCAUUAAACUUGUCAGCUACACUUUUCUCUACUGGCUGCCGCUUUUUCUUAAAGAGACCACUCAAAUCAGCCCAUCUAAAUCUGCCUACGUGUCAAUUAUCUUUGACAUUGGCGGAUGUGUAGGCUCAAUGGCUGCCGGUCUGAUGGCCGACCGUACCGGGACAAGUGCACUAACCUGCAUAUUCUUUCUCAUUUUUGCCAUUCCAUCGUUGUACAGCUUAGACCGAUACACCUCAGCGUCGACCAUCCUGAUCAGUCAGGUGCUGCAGUUCACCACUGGAAUGCUCAUCAACGGCCCCUUCUGUCUGAUCAUGUCCACCGUGUCGGCAAAUCUAGCCUGCAAGGUGCCCUCCAAAUCGGCAAUGGCUACCGUUUCCGGCAUUGUCAAUGGCACUGGCUCAAUAGGCGCCAGCAUUGGCCCACUUUUGGCGGGCAUUGUUUCCAAAAACGGCAAUUGGAAGAACGUCUUCUACAUGGCCAUUGGCUCGGUCAUCUGUGCGGCAAUCUCGCUGCUUCGGAUAGGAUAUCAAGAAGUUAAAACGUUUAAAAAGUAG